AUGUGUCCGGUGGGCAAAAAGGCCGCGGGGGCGCGGAGCCGCCUGCGCCCCGCCUGCAUAAAUUUCCACGGGGCCCGUACUUUUCCCGUGAUGCGCGUCGGCGGCCGGGGCGUGCGUUAUGCGAUCGGCAAAAACCCCGCGCCGACCGCACCGCGGCAUCCCACCCUAAUAACUGACCAUAUCCGAUGCGGCGGCUUUUUGCGCGCGCUUUUAUUUCGUACCCCGGCCGACAAUCGAACCAGUGCGAUCAUUAGCAACGCGAUUAAACUCCAC